AUCAAAGAGAGUUGAAGGCAAUGAAUUUUGAAACUUCACGGGGUGCCACCCUACAGUACUGCCCUGACCCUUACAUCCAGCGUUUCGUAGAAACCCCAGCUCAUUUCUCUUGGAAAGAAAGUUAUUAUCGAUCCACCAUGUCCCAGAGCACACAGACAAGUGAAUUCCUCAGUCCAGAGGUUUUCCAGCAUAUCUGGGAUUUUUUGGAACAGCCUAUAUGUUCAGUUCAGCCCAUUGACUUGAACUUUGUGGAUGAACCAUCAGAAAAUGGCACAACAAACAAGAUCGAGAUUAGCAUGGACUGUAUCCGCGUGCAGGACUCGGACCUGAGUGACCCCAUGUGGCCGCAGUACACGAACCUGGGGCUCCUGAACAGCAUGGACCAGCAGAUCCAGAACGGCUCUUCGUCCACCAGCCCCUACAACACAGACCACGCGCAGAACAGCGUGACGGCGCCCUCGCCCUACGCGCAGCCCAGCUCCACCUUCGACGCCCUCUCGCCGUCGCCAGCCAUCCCCUCCAACACCGACUACCCGGGCCCGCACAGCUUCGACGUGUCCUUCCAGCAGUCGAGCACCGCCAAGUCGGCCACCUGGACGUAUUCUACCGAGCUGAAGAAGCUGUACUGCCAGAUUGCAAAGACAUGCCCCAUCCAGAUCAAAGUGAUGACGCCACCGCCACAGGGCGCGGUCAUUCGCGCGAUGCCUGUCUACAAGAAGGCUGAGCACGUCACUGAGGUGGUCAAACGGUGCCCCAACCAUGAGCUGAGCCGGGAAUUCAACGAGGGACAGAUUGCCCCUCCUAGUCAUUUGAUCCGCGUAGAAGGGAACAGCCAUGCCCAGUACGUAGAAGACCCCAUCACGGGAAGACAGAGUGUGCUGGUGCCUUAUGAGCCACCCCAGGUUGGCACUGAAUUCACGACAGUCUUGUACAAUUUCAUGUGUAACAGCAGUUGUGUUGGAGGGAUGAACCGCCGUCCAAUUUUAAUCAUUGUUACUCUGGAAACCAGAGAUGGGCAAGUCCUGGGCCGACGCUGCUUUGAGGCCCGGAUCUGUGCUUGCCCAGGAAGAGACAGGAAGGCAGAUGAAGACAGCAUCAGAAAGCAGCAAGUUUCGGACAGCACAAAGAACGGUGAUGGUACGAAGCGCCCUUUUCGCCAGAACACACAUGGCAUCCAGAUGACAUCCAUCAAGAAGCGGAGAUCCCCAGAUGAUGAACUGUUAUACUUACCAGUGAGGGGCCGUGAGACCUAUGAAAUGCUGCUGAAGAUCAAAGAGUCCCUGGAACUCAUGCAAUACCUCCCUCAGCACACAAUCGAAACAUAUAGGCAGCAGCAGCAGCAGCAGCACCAGCACUUACUUCAGAAACAGACCUCGAUGCAGUCUCAGUCUUCAUACGGUAACAGCUCCCCACCUCUGAACAAAAUGAACAGCAUGAACAAGCUGCCUUCUGUGAGCCAGCUUAUCAACCCUCAGCAGCGCAACGCCCUCACUCCCACCACCAUUCCUGAUGGCAUGGGAGCCAACAGAUCUGGCAAGUUUAAAGAUCCCGGAGCAGUUCCGACACGCGAUCUGGAAGGGCAUCCUGGACCACCGACAGCUGCACGACUUCUCCUCCCCUCCACAUCUCCUGCGGACCCCCAGUGGCGCCUCCACGGUCAGCGUGGGCUCCAGCGAGACCCGCGGGGAGCGCGUCAUCGACGCCGUGCGCUUCACCCUCCGCCAGACCAUCUCCUUCCCACCCCGAGACGAGUGGAACGACUUCAACUUCGACAUGGAUGCCCGUCGCAAUAAGCAGCAGCGCAUCAAGGAGGAGGGGGAGUGAGUCCGGUCCUGCGGGCUCUUUCUGUCCCCUCCCACCCUCCCACCCCACCACAAAGCGCUCCUGCUUGGUCGGCAAAGCCUCCCCUUCCUCUUCUCAGUCUGAUUUCUUAAAAGGAAGGAGAAGGAAGAGGCUGCCUCCUAACUAACAUCCGACCUGGCUUCUGAUUCUGAUUCUGGCUUUAAGCCUUCAAAACUCCUGUGUGCAGGACUGAAGUUGCCCGGGCUAGGGAGAAGUGAGCAAAAAAGAGGUGGGUAUCUCCUUAAGCUGCAGAGAUUCCUCAGUGACUUUUAUAAAGCAUUUGCGCCCUUAUAGUCUAAGACUAUAUAUAAAUAUAUAUAAAUAUAUAUAAAUAUGCAGUAUAUAUUUUGGGGUGAGGGCAUUGAGUAUUGUUUAAAAUGUAAUUUAAAGGAAAGAAAAUCGAAUUGCACUUACCGACUUUUUUUUUAAAAAAAAUUUACUUGUUUUUGAUAUUGUCUGUACCCCUUUUCUCAAAGGGCAUCAUGUAUGCUGAUCGGAAUCUGGAGCUUAAUAAUGACAUGUGUGUAAGAAUGAUGCAUAGGCCCUUUCAGUUCUUUGGGUACUGAACACAUGCCGAAACAAAGGUCCAGUUUUAUUUACCACUGCUUAGUAUGUGGGCCAGAUUGUAGUACGUACACUUUCCUCAAUGUUGGUGUAUUUUAUGUUACUAACAGCCCUGCCGGUGAAAGUGGUUCACUUUGGGGUUAUUUAGUCCAAUUAUAAGAGAAAUUUAUGUACACGUUAUAUACUAAAGGACAUUUUGGUUGAGAUUGGGAAUGAACCAUGUGAGUUACGGCUAAAAUUCUUUAAAGGUGCAUCACAGCCAACUCAAGAACACCUGGGAUCACGUAUCUGCGCAUGUCAGGAAACCUCUUAAAUUUAAUACCAGACACCUUAUCUUAUAGUAUUUGUUGAGGAAAAAAAUUGCUGCCAUUAUCGAAGUCUUAAAACUAAAUUUCUCAACCAUAUUAACUAACUCAAAUACACAUUUGCUACUCUUAACUAGAACUUGGGCUGAAAACCGUGUACAUAGUUCUUGUGGUAAAGUUGGACUAUCUAUCAAAAAUAUUAAGGAAAAAUAAGAAUCAUGCAGAAAUAUUAAAUCCAUACUAAACAGUUAGACAUCUCAGCAAACCAUGAAUUGAAGUUCUUGAAAAGUCUUUUCAAGGAUAAAUAAUAUUAUUUGGUAAAUGUUUCUUUUAAAGACCUGCUUAGUCUAUAAAAUUCUGCAUGUAGAGGCUUGUUUUCCUUUCUCUCUUCAAGCUUUAAAAUAGGAACGGGAAGGAUAAAAUUAUGAGAUUAGUUUUCUUGUGCCUAAGUUGCAUCACUGUAUCAUUUUUCUUUUUUAAUCAAUAAGCUUUUCACUUUGCUGGAGAGUAACUGUGAGAACCCAAUUUCCCGUCCAUCACCCUUAGGGAUUGUGCAUAGACGUAAAAACAUCCCCACAGGGCAAGGAAUGAUCCUUUCAUGGAAGCUGUUACUUAAACUACAUAAACAAAGAGAUGUCUUCAAACUUUGGGGAAACAUGUAAAUGACAAUAUUCCUCCUAGAUAUUUUUAGAAACAUACUUUAUAUCACAUAUCUUUUUUCAGAAUGUAAAAUAUAUAUUUUGUAUACCCGCUAGUGAGCUCUGAAAUCUUCCAUGCAUUCUGAUAAAGACCCGUGCUUGCACAUAAGCUUCCAUUUUUAUUUUAAAGUGCAAAAGGGCUACCGUGGCUCUCAAAUAUAAUGUAAUGUAUGAGUUUCAUCUGAAAAGUGUGUGUAUAUUUGUGAGUGAAAUUGCAUCCUUUGCAUUUUGGUUACUUUUCUUUCUUCUUGGGAUAGUGUGUUCUCCAGAACCACACUUGAAACCUUUUGUAAUUGUUUUUAUAUUUUCAUGGAAAUAUCAUUUAGUAAGGAUUCAAUGUCAAACAAGAAAUAACACUGUAAUUUUAAGAUGGGGAGGGAGGGAAAGUUGUUUUUUUAUUGUUUUUUUUUUUUUAAUUUUGUAUGUUAAAGAGGGUGCGUCCUUGAUUUCAAAGUUUUGUUGUGCUUACGUGGUAAUAAGCACUACUGAUUUCUGACAGGCAUGCAGCUUUGCAGAGUCAUGAUGGGGAAGAAUGAAAGCUGUGCCUUGGCAAUAUUAGGAGGGCAAAUGGCUUCCUUGCUGUCCUGAGUGUUUGAAUAAACCUGGGACUUCUGCGCUAUUUCAGCACUAUUCAGGUGGCACUAGGGGUUCAGAAAUUCCUGUACUGUAGCUCAUGGAUUUAGCACUAGCCAAAGCUAGGCACUGGUACUGGCUUCACAUCCUCAUGGUAACUUACACUUGAGUGCAUGAGUAGCCAGUAUGAGGGAUAAAAGACUACUAAGUACAGACAACUGGGAGUGGCUUUAACGGAGUCCUUGUGGCCUCAGCUCAAUGCAGUUGGCUGGUGAAUCGCAGAUUUUUGUUUGUAGAUGGCUAUGAACAGAAAUGGAAAGUAGAAUUGUCCUCAUUAAAUCCAUUUACCUUUUGUUUUCUUGAUAUUCCCCUAUAAUACAGUAUGUGGGAUGUUGAAUGUUA